AUGUUCUUACUCUUGCAUCUGUUCCCGUGGAUGAUGCAACUGGUGCCUUUCCAUGGACUUUUACACAAACACCAUUUUUAUCGAAACACUGAAAGAGUCUUAGGAAAUCUUAUUAUACAUGUUAUUGAAGCGAAUUUGAUUGGUAAAAUUCUUUGCAAUGGAGUUAGACAAGCACCGAGGUACAAGAAUGACCUUAAUUUGGCAUCAUAUGGUAUACAAGCAAAUCCUAACGAGACCUGGAGAGGCAACUUAAUAUCCCUAUUCUACGAUUCCCAGUUAGGUCUUUGGCCUAGUUUGACCACAAAUACUGUCACGAAUAAAACCGACGAAGUCAACGGCGGAAUCCCUCAGAAGAGCGAUAUUUCUAAGCAUCUCGCUAAAGUGGAGAGCGACUUGGAAUCACUCGUGCCGAAUACAAAUUUUGACGGAUUUGCCGUGAUAGAUUUCGAAAAAUAUCUACCCUGGUGGAGUUUAAUGAACGAUGGAAUAUACAAAAUUUAUCAUGAUGCAUCCAUAGCUUAUUACAGAAGUGAAAACCCGUCUAUAACGAAUAUCAGUCUCAUAAACGCGGGUGCGAGGAUCGAUUACGAAAUGGCUGUCAAACUUUUUAUACUAAACACCAUUAAGAGGCUUAGAGAAUUGCGACCUCGUGCCAAAUGGGGAUACUACAUGUACCCUUUUUGCGCCAAAAUAGCUAAUAGCGGAUAUUUUUGCGACGGAAAGCUCAAAAUACUGAACGAGAGAGCUCAUUGGUUAUAUCAAAACAGUUUCGCGUUGUAUCCAAAUUGUUACUUGCAUCCGCGCGAUAUACCCGAUACCGAAAUGCGAGCCCUUUAUAUCUUGAAAAGAAUGAACGAAGCGAAGCGAAUUAGCGAUUACGUGGGUGAUGUCGAUAUCCCCAUAUUUCCUUAUAUUCGCUAUCAUUACGUUCAAGAACCUUUUCCGAACUUUCUAACCCCAGUUGAUAUGGAAAAUAGUAUUGGACAAGCGAUAGACGCUGGUUCGUCGGGAAUAAUUUUAUGGGGAGAUUAUAGCGAUUUCGGUGAUUGCUCGCUAUUAGUUCAAUAUAUUAAAAAUACACUGGGUCCAAUUGCUAGAAAUAUGCUGAGUUACGCUAAUUCUUGCAGCGAUUGUGUUUGUGGAGGAAAUGGUAGAUGCGUCAAGUCUUUAUUCCUGAAUCAACCUGUAACAGACUCCGAGAGCUUACUUAAAUCGGAGCAAAUUUACGAUAAAUUUUGGGAGAUACCUUAUUAUUAUAACAAAAGUCUGGAAUCCUUUGGGAACAAUAUCUGCAGAUGUUAUGCCGCUUUUGAUGGUUAUGCGUGCCAAUGUUACGCUGGUUGGAGUGGACCCCAGUGUCAGACGGAAUCAUGA